AUGGAUAGAAUAAGAGUGUAUUCUGGUUUAUAUAAAAUAUCUGAUAUAAAAGAUAAUCAAUCAUUAUAUACACUUGAUUUGGAUCGAGGCAUCGCUUUCACAUUAUAUUCUGAAGUUUUACAAAAAGUUGCAUUAGCAAGAAAUCUUAAUGAUGAACAAUGUGUUCAAUUAUUUCGAGAAAUAAACAAAAACAAUAUACUAGAUGGUUGUAUGGUCAGCUGUUGUAUGAUUGGUGGAGAUACUUCUACAAAAACUGAGCAAUAUGUGUUACAUCUUCUGAAUAUUUUUGUGCAUAUUGAAAACACGAAUAUUAAUUUAAUAGGUUAUGAUGUAGGAGAUAGAAUACAUCCAAACUCUAUGGAAAUAUAUUGUGGCGAUGGUAGUUUACAUGCUAUUUAA